CUAUCUAUAGGAGCAAGAAAAGGAGAAAGAUGUUUAACUCAGUGAACCUAGGAAACUUCUGUUCCCAGUCGCGCAAAGAGCGGAGUGCUGACUUUGGAGAGCGAGCAGGUUGCGCUUCCAAUCUCUACCUCCCCAGCUGCACCUAUUACGUCCCAGAAUUUUCAACUGUGUCAUCUUUCUUGCCACAGGCCCCCUCUCGCCAAAUCUCCUACCCUUAUUCCACUAACCUCUCUCAAGUGCAGCCAGUGCGAGAGGUCUCCUACGGGCUAGACCCCUCGAAUAAAUGGCACCAUAGAAGCAAUUACGCCUCGUGUUAUUCCGCGGAAGAUCUGAUGCACAGGGAUUGCCUCCCGCCUUCCACCAUGACCGAAAUGCUAAUGAAAAACGAAAGCGUGUACAGCCACCACCACCACCCCAGCUCCAACCACCCGGCGUCCACGGGCUUCUACUCCAGCAUGAACAAAAACAGUGUCCUCCCGCAAGGCUUCGACCGGUUCUUCGAAAACGCCUACUGCUCCACCGAGAACCCGCCCGAGACCUGUUUGCAGAAGACCGAGAGCAAGCUGGAGACCGACUCCCAGCCCACAGCGCUGUCAUCCCGCGGCGACCAAGGCGUAGACCCGGAAGACGAGGAAGAAAACACCAACCCGGGCUCUUCAGCUUCAUCCUCCUCUGUCAACAAGGAAGGGAGCAAAACCAGCAACUCGAGUAGGUAGAGAAAGCAGUAAAUGGAAAGGUUAAGGGACUAGCCCGCUGUUUUGUCGGUCAAAUUUUAUGUGGAGUUUUAUAAGCAUUCAAAGGAUUUUAUUAUAACCUACAAAGCUCUUUCUUGCAACGAGAAGAAUUUUUACGAUGGGAAAGGCUCUUUGAGAAAAAUGGAGAUGUUAGGCGCAGACACAGUAUCUCAGAGUCUGUGAAAUUUUAAAAGCACACCAUGGUGACAAAUAUUAACUUUGAUCAUGAACUUACAUGAGCAUUUUAAAAGGAUUUGGUCCCGGGCUUCUGAGGGUAAAAGGCAAUUGGGCAGAACACUGCUCUUGCUUCCUGUCCUCGCGAGGAGGCACUGAGAGAUGCACGCGAGCGAGCGGGGGGGGGGGGCGGGUGGUGUUAUUUUUCCCCUUAUUGAAAAUGCAUGCAGAAAUUCAAAUAUAUAUCUAUAUUGCUAUGAAUGUGGGGAGAGGGAAUGCAACGUUUUCAUGUCCUCAGUGCAUUCUGUGUUGUUGUUCUUGCUCUUGUUGUUGCUUUUCUUCCUGCAAAUUGCAUUGCUUAGGCGUAGUUCUUUGGGUGAUUUCUUUUCAAAUAGACAGUGCUUAUUUUGCUAUUAAAUGUGUUUAUCACACACACACACACACACACACAUUUUAAGUAUAUUUUAAUAUACUCAGAUGCCUUUAGAUAUUCAUAUAUAAGUGGGUUUAUUUUCAUUUUUAAAGCAACCUUAAAUCGAAGCAACUGAUCAAGUAAAUGCAUCAUGGAUGUUUAUUUAUUUUUUUCAUUCAUAGGUGAAUGGAACGCUAAGUCCUGCAUGAACUUACACACCCACCCACACACCCACACACACAGGCGCGCACACGUUGUAUUUGCAAUUCUGUUUGCUGCCGUGGGAAACACAUUGCUUCCCUUUUUUUGACUGCUCAGAUAUGUUGCUUUGAUUCUCUCUCUGUGUGUAUGUGUGUGCUGAAUGUAUUUGGAGGGUGGCGUUCCCGAUAAUCAGAAACUUAUGCAGAGCAGAAUUCUGAGCCCUCAUAGUUCUAACGUUGCUCCUGCUGACUCUGUAAGAAAGGCGGCAGAUUUGCAGUUUGAACGUGUAUGCUUCCCAGCUGCUUCGCCGGCUUCCUUCCCCCCAGCAGUUAUUGUUGAUUAUUGCACUCAGGAAUCCCUUUGGAAAAGCCCCCCAAAACAGGGGAAAAUGAUCAUGGGCUGGAAACAGGAAAGGCUGUCUUCAUGGCUGUGUUGUGGUACACAUGUCUGUUAGGAUGUUACACAUGGCCGUAGGAUGCGCUUCCAGAUGGGUGUGCGUGUGAGAGAGAAGCUAUGCAUUUGAGCUCUUGGUGAUGGGGGGGUUAUUGGGGCUCUGUUGUGUCAUUUGCUUAGUUAUUUUCACUCCCUCCUGGUUAUAUUUUUCUCCCUCCCUCCCCCCUAAAGGUGCCCCCCGCACAAGAAAGAAGCGAUGUCCCUAUUCGAAAUUCCAAAUCAGAGAGCUAGAGAGAGAAUUUUUCUUCAAUGUCUACAUAAACAAAGAAAAAAGGCUGCAGCUGUCCAGAAUGUUGAAUCUCACUGAUCGACAAGUUAAAAUUUGGUUUCAGAACAGAAGGAUGAAAGAAAAAAAACUAAGCAGAGACCGCCUGCAGUAUUUCUCUGGAAAUCCCUUAUUGUGAACCUCUUUUGUAUAUUAUAUAUACAUAUCUAUAUAUAUAUAAAUAAAAAAAUAAAAAAUACAUCCUCUGCUCGUUGAAGUAUUCUGUGUAUGAAGAAGGGAAGUUGCAAGCACGGUUUGACUGUGGAGUCUUCAAGCAACCCUCAGAGUUUUCAACCUUCUCCGUCCUUCCUUAUAUUUGUAUGUUUGGGACCUGGUUCAGGGUUUAUACACUUUUCCCGAUUACCUAAACGUUGAAAGGACUUGAAUACUGUAUGAACUUUUAAUUUAACGUUUAGUCUUGAAGAAAUGGAAUUAUUUUUAUCAUCGGUGUUUUGUUUUGUUUUGUUCAGUUCAUCUUCAUCAUCAUCAUCAUCAUCUAUGUUCGCUGGAGGAAACUACAGUGCUGUGUUCACGACAGUAUGCACCUACUUCUCCUUAUUUUGAUAUGCAAGUUGAUGAUGCAUCUACGCAAAAGCACCUCCCAAAGACUCCCUGUCUUCGGUUGGGAGGAGGGCUUUGUCUGAGUGUGCGUGCAGAUGUGUGUGUGUGUAUCUACCCACACGUGUUCAUCCGUGCACACGCACUCCACUCCAUCAGGGUUCCACUGCUGUACAUGCCAAGGACUGUUGUUCAUUGAAAUCUAAUUUAAAUAACCUGUCCAAGAAUUGGUAUCACUAUAAGGAUGUGAUUUCCAUUGAUUCCCUCAUGUAUCUUUUAUAUAUUCAUAUUCUAUGCAGUCCCAGG